AUGGCAUUCAACAAGAAAGCGGUGUUCGUUGGCUUCACCUUGGCCUUGCUCCUCGUGACCUAUUGUGCGGAAGCAGUAAAGAUAUGCACAUUUAACAGCAAAACUUUCCAUGGUCCCUGCAAGAGCAACAAGAACUGCGCGAGCGCGUGCAUCCACGAGGGCGAAGAAAAUGGUACGGGGUACACCGGCGGCCACUGUUCCAGGAAGAAGUGGUCUCUUGGCCCCGACGGCGACGACGGCUUUGACUUGAACUGGAAAAAAGGCCCCAAAUGCAAAUGUGUCAAACCGUGCAACGGGCCAAGCCCGCCGCCCGGGGACGAGCCGCCGCCUGGGAUGAAAGUUUCCGACUGGCCAGUUGUUUAG